AUGGCUGAUCGCAAAGGAUCGGAGGCCGCGCCGGCAAAGCAUGUGCAUUCCAUUCCCGCGCCGUCUUUCCCAACCCACAACUCCCCGAGGACGUGGUUCCUCACUACUGCCCUCUCACCGCUCAUCAUCCGGCUCAUUAGACUGCUUCUUGCUCAUGGCGACUACGUCGUUGCUUGUCUGCCGCCAAAUGAGAUUGAGGACGAAGAUCGUAGUGCUGAGUUUAGAGAUCUCAUCAACGAAUGUAAAAGCAGCCGCAAAGACCGCGAGGGGUGGAAGGACAGAAUACGUGGCAUCCGCUGUGAUGGGCGUGUCAUGGGUCAAUGCGGCGCUGCCGUGGCAGAGGCUGUCCAGGUAUUCGGCAGGAUAGAUAUUCUGCUGUGUUGCAGGUCUGAAGCCAUCGUCGGAAGCGUCGAGGAGCUAUCUACAAACCCCUUCACCCAAAAUCUCGUCCGCGACCAGUUCGAAACCAUCUUCUUCUCUCAAGUAAACUUCAUCAAAGCCGCUCUGCCGCUCCUUCGCUCUCAGCGCACAGGUCAUAUUAUGAUACUCUCCAGCACUGGCGGCCAUAUCGGCACCCCAGGCAUGCCCAUCUAUACGUCGGCCAUAUGGGCCCUUGAGGGCUUCUGCGAUUCCUUGGCCUACGAGAUCGCCCCGUUCAAUAUUAAGGUCACCAUCGUCCAGCCCAACAAAGAGAUCCAGUCCUUGACCAACAAGAUCAUUUUCGCCCCCCAACUGCCAUACUAUGACUCUGAGAUCAACCCGGCCCCAAGCAUCCGGGACAUGCUCAGCAACGUGCUCAACAUGAACCCGGAUACCGCAAUAGAGCCGUCGGACACGGAAGUCAUUUCAAGGUAUCCGAAGCUGCCGCCUAGCGUUACGGACCGCCUGGUUCUGGAGACGGUACAUGCUCUGACGGCCAUUGGAGGUCACGAGAACCCUCCGGCAAGACACAUUGUAGGGUUUGAGGGGAGCAUGGCUGUGAGAGAGAAACUGAAGACGGUGACGGAAGAGUUGGAGGACUUUGUCGAGGCAAGCCUGGCGGUUGACAUAUUCGAUAGUGAGCUGAAGGAGGAGGCAAAAGAGGGUAACAUGAGAGAAUCACCACCGCCUGCACCUGCAUCUACAGCUUCCGGAUAG